AUGUUGGUGGUGCUCACCGGACAGGCCCCUCUCUCCGAGACUGCCGGCAAGAGCCAGCAAAUCACCCCAUGGGCAUCCGAGUGCCUGUCCUCGGGUGAGCUGGGGAGCCUCAAGGAUCCCAACAUGGAUGCUCCUGCAGAUGCUGUGCUGCGUGUGGCUCAGCUCGCCCUCUCCUGCACCGGGGAGCGCACUGCAGGGCGCCCAAGCAUGGCACAAAUUGCCAAUGAGCUGCAGGCUAUCCGGGAUGAAGUGGUGGGCAAAGAGGAGCUGAGCGCUGCUGUCAAGGUGGAUUCUCAAGUUCAGGAGAUGAAGGAUGCUUUCGCGGGUAUCGAGAGCCUUGACGCAGAAAUCCAGAUGAUUGGGGACAGCUUUGCUGAGGAAAACCCGGUGUGA